AUGCUAUACAAGGUGUUGAGCCCAGAUGGCUUGCAUGAUCAGAGCAGCAAUGACAGUGGGAUAGAUGACUGCUUCCGAGGAAGCAACCGGUCUCCUCCAGCCGGGGAAUUCCCAGCCAUUCCUAGCAACUACGCUCUACAGAGUCCUCAUUCUGUCUCUCCAACGGCCUCCCAGCUCUGCAAGCGGGAACGAAAGACCACGACAGAGACAGUGAACAAGAACCAGGCUGAAUCCGAGAAGAAAUAUUUGGGAGUAAGAGUUCGUCUGCCAGUUCGGGAUCUCCUCCGUAAUUAUCGCAAAGCCAAGGGAGAAGAGCCAAAGGACAUCCAGGAAGACGUGACCCGGAAAUUAAACAAUGAAAGAAGACGUGUUGUCAGGGAUACACUACAUGGUCAUCCAUGUUCUGCUAAACAGAGCAAACAGAUAAAAAAUAUGAAUGUUUGUCCUCCAAAAAAUUUCGAGGACCUGUUGGAAGAUUUGGUGGAAGUUUUGGAGACCGAUUUGAAGCAAGGGGGACUGGACCCUCAUCAGACACAGAUUGAAAUUGAUUGCCCUCAAAGGUGUUACAUGGGCUGUCCCGUCAGCCUCAGAGACUUGCACUCCAAAAACCAUCACCCUGUUCUACAAACCAAUGACCCAGCCUUCCACUGCCAUCUGGGUUACCUCUAUGAGAACAAUACAGCUCACCUGGAUCUGGUAUCUCCAUUUUACAAACCCUAUUCGGGUUUAGAAUGUGAGUCUUGGUACCAUUCACCUGGCUGGUUGGCAACCUUUGCAGGAGAGCGCUGUGGGAACGUCGCUGAUGAAGGCAAACCCUUCAGUUGGCAUCACUGUUCUUCUCACAACACCAGGCAUCCAUCAUAUCCUCAUUCUCCACUGCCAGAGGCAAAAGCGUUUGAUUGGGUUGCGUUGAGUAAUACCCAGAGCAGCAGAUCCACUCAGGGUGGAAGUAAUGGCCUUCUGGAAGCUUCUCAACAGCAGUAUCUUCCAGGAAGCUCCGCGUUGUCUUUCUUCCAGUUUCAACUGCAGCAGAUCGAGAGAAGCCUCAUCGCCCUGUCACCUGAAGACCUACUGUCAGUGGACAAGAACGGCAACACAUUGCUACAUUAUGCUGUCAUUCAGGGAAAGAGAGCUCUGGCUUAUGGGUUGGCCUGUAGGAUGUCCGACAUGAGUAGAAUUGACGCAAAGAAUUCCAGAGGCCAAACUGCGUUACACUUGGCUGCUGAACGAAACCAGCACCUAAUGGUCAGUGAUCUCAUUUCACUGGGAGCCCAGAUCAAUGAAAGAGACAUUUUGGGGAAGACUCCUGUCCAUUUGUGUGCAGAGAAUGGCUUCCUCCAAGUACUACAGGUAAUAGGGAAGACCCUGAAGAAUGGAACAGAUGUUGACAUUGAUGCCAGGGACAAUAAUUAUCUGACCCCAUUACACUAUGUAGUGUUGGCUCACAUUGCAACAGUAAAGGAGUUUGAGAACUCUGAGAUGGGCAGUGACAUGCAUAGGUUCCUGGCACUGAGGAAGGAUCAGCUCCUGGAUGGGAUGAGGUGCUUGCUGAGGAUGGGAUCUUCUAUUUCCAUGCAGGAUAUGAAUGGACGAAGUGCCAUCCACUUUGCAGAGGAAGAAAAUGAUACAGAAGUUCUGAAUUUCCUUUAUGACCAUGUUGAUAAAAUGAAAACCAUUGCUCACAAGGAAUUUGGCUCGUAUGCAAUACUCGAUUCAGUGAAUCAGAAAGCUGAAUUACCAGCAAUGGCCCCUGAACUUCCUCCUUGCAAAAACUACAAGCAGACCAGCAAUGUGCCACAAGGAACUCAGCAAGAUCAGUGAAUCAGUCAAGGAAUUGACUAGAAUGUGAAAUCUGAGCUGCAGCUGAUAUCAAAGCCAAUGCCUUUUUGGAUAUACACAUGAAUGAAUGGUGGAUAGUGGUGUGGUAGUUAAAUUACUGGAUUAGUAGGCAGAAUUCUGGGCCACUUCUCCAACAGA